AUGGCUCUGCGCGUCAUCCUAGCGACUUCUGUCCUCCUCCUUCAAGCGAGUGCGGUGCCGACCCAAGUUUCUCUGGAAGAACAAGCGUUGAUUACACCUGCGCCUACUCGCACACUUGCAGUAUAUGGAUCAUACGCAGGAGCAAGGCGAAACAUCAUUAGUGAUCUGGAGUCGGAGCUGGAUUCAUACGUGAACUCCGUGUUCAGCGAGCUGGGGACGGCUAUUCCCUCAUACGUUUCGAAUGGACUGCUACCCAAUCUACAGAAUCUACCCACGGGCAGUGCUGUUAUGAGCUCAGUGGGAGUGAGCAGCUCGGAUCUGGCUGCCACUCCUACGCAGGUAUUGAACAUCCCGGGUUAUGGCAAUUGGACAUCCUCUGGUUGGAACCUGCGAAUUCAUGGGAAUGUCUUUAAACAACCAAACAUUUCCAAUGAUACGGUGGACCGCCUCGCCAACUUUUUCCUCAUCGGCACGAGCGUGGAGGAUCUUCCUCCUUCACAACAGGCCCAGGCCCGCAACCUCACAAGAGAGAUCUACGUGGUUCAGCAAGGAAAUCAAACGGUCACAAUGGACAUUCUACCUGGUCCCGAAUUUGGUACCAAUGGACAGCCAGGAGGAGGCGGUGGCGUAACCCCAGCCGGCGGAGAGCAGGUCGUCACACUUCCCAACCCAACCACUCCGGAGGGCGACUUUGACGCUUUCGUUCCAAUAGACAACAGCUCGUUUACAUUGACUCCGGGGACUGGUGAAAUUCCCCCACAAAGAUUAAAUGUCUACACCCAGGGAACUGACACGGGGAAUGCGACAUCGUACCUUGUCUCUGACCAAGGCCUAACCAUCAUCUCCGAUAUUGAUGACAUAUUGCGCGUUACGAAGAUCUACGAGCCCAAGCAAGGAUUGCUUAAUUCUUUCGCCCGUCCGUUCACCCCAUGGAUGAACAUGCCAGACAUUUAUCGGAACUGGUCCGUGAGCCUACCCAACAUGCAUUUUCAUUACCUCACAACCACCCCGGAGCAAGUCACUCGCAAUUACAUGCAAUUCAUCUACGACACUUAUCCAGGUGGUAGCUUUGAUACCCGACCGCUCAACUUCAGCGACGUCUCCGCCACCCUAUCCAUCAGAAAAUACCUGCUCGACAGGAUCUUCCAGACCUUCCCAAAUCGAAAAUUUAUCCUAGUUGCCGAUACAAGCAACUCUGACGUCAUGCGUGAUUACCCUGAAAUGGCCACUCAAUACCCAGGUCAAGUCCAAUGCAUUUUUCUACGCAACACGUCCGCCACAGACCCAGGAGAUAAAUUUCCUUACAACACGGAGGGCUUCAAAAACCUCAGCCAGCAGAGUUAUAUGUUCUUCAAGGUGCCGGAUGACUUGAGAGGGCUUGAUAUUGUAAAUGGACAGUGUCUGAAUGCGACUAUUCCGCAGAAUCUGACGUUUGGGUAUCAAGGGUUGCCGUUUGGGUUGUCUACAGGUGAUGGACAGAGCGGAGCUAGCCAACUGUUGGGUGGCGGUACUUUGCUUGAGAGGGUUGGUUCGGUGCUGUUGCUUGUACUUUGUGUGAUUUCUGUCCAUGUCCUAUGA